AUGCAUAUUGAUCGAUCGGAAAAAUCAAGACUGGUGUCAGAAUUCGCAAACAUGAAGAGAGAGAAAUCAAUUCAAUCUCGUGAUUUUUAUCAUUCGCUUUUGGAAAAUUGUAUUGAAAAAGGAAAGCUUGAUAUAGCAUUAAUAAUAAUCAAGCAAAUGCAUACAACAUGGGAAAAUGAGCGAAUUCAGGUUGGACCGAUCAAAGAAACGUACAGACUUCUCUUGGACACGAUGCAUAAUUCUAAAGAUUACAAGCUUUCACUCUACGUUUCGAAUGCACUGAUAAAAGGUCGUAUUCCUUUUCCAAUUAAAACACCUGAUUCUGAUGAUGCAUUUUUUGGAUUACCAGUCUCAAAUGUUGAAUGUGAUGCUGAAUUAUGGCAAUUUAUUUUACGUGCCAUGACUUCACCUAAAAAAUUAUAUUCCUUCUGGGCUGUCAAUUCGCCGUUUUCAACUACGGGAAAGAUACCAAAUUUCAAUGAAGUUAACAAAUUAGCAAAGAAAUUCUUGGAAACUACACCAAAACCUUUUGAUCAUGAAACUUGGAGAAUGAUAAUUCGGGGUAUGGGCGCAUAUCAAGAAGAAGGAAAGGGAUUUGUUGAAUUUUUGCAGUCUUCUCGAAUUCCAAUUAACCCGGAAAUCUGGACAGAAAUAAUCUGGGCAUUAGCACGUAAAAGUCUAGCAAAGCUGGCCUUAGAAUAUAUUAAACAAUCUAUUUCUGAAUUUGGUCCAAAACCAUUAACCUCAAACGAACCGAUCUACGCUUUGGCAUCUCACUGCGCCAAUAUAGGCGACGUAAAACGCACCAAAGAAUUACUUCUUAAUAUGCAAAGUUGGGUGAGUGACUGGGCUUUAAAGACAAAAUGGCCGGAACUGAGCAAAAUAAAAAUUUUAAUGAGAGCAUAUUUGCAAUCACUGGCAAACGAAGUAACAUUGCACACUCACCCCGACAAGGAGAAACAAGUAAUGAGCCGAUUUUACACAAAUCCAGAUGAUCCUUCGUCUAACAAAGAGAUAUUGAUCAAUAGUCCAUUCUACAAAUCAUGGGACAAUUUAGAAAAAAAAGAUACUGAUUUGGUUAUACAAUUUCAAGUUUUUGCCAAUUUCUUGGAUUGUAAAUCAUUUCCUAUGCAAACAGCAAUGGAAAUGCUAAAAAAUAUGCUAGAAAAUGAAGGCUUGCAGCCUGAGUUCAACACAUUUAAAAUUAUAUUAGAAGGAUUCGCUAAAUCACCUGAAUUCACUAACUAUCCUAAUCAUACUUCACAAGCUCAAAAAUCACGUACUGAAUAUGCAUUGGAAAUAUUUGAUAUGAUGAAAUCGUGUGGGUAUGAUGUUGAUGCACUUGAUACUUUCCGUUCGAUGCUGGAAACUUGUCUACCACCUUACGAGAGUAAAUCCACAAAGAAAAUUGAUUCUUGCGGAAUAUGCAGUGAAACGAAAACUGUUAUGAAGAAACCUUCUAAGUCAAUACCCAGAAUCUUUGAAAUUGAGAAAUUGAUCGAAGACUCUAAAUUACCAAUUGAUACGGGCUUACUGACAACAGUUUUGGAACAGUUAGGAUCUGCAGGUCUUUUUGAGGCCAUGUGGAAACAUUGGAAUAAUUUAGCAGAAUCUGGAAUUCAAAGAAAUGAAAAACUUUAUGAGACUGUGUUUUAUGCUGCUGCCUUAAAUCAUAGUGAAGCUCAGUAUGCGAUUAAUAAGGUUCGAUUUCAAAUGGCGAGAGAAGUGCCAUCUGUAACACCGACACUAGAAAUUUACACCGCAAUGUUACAAUGUUGUAUACGUGUCAAUGACACUUCUAGUAUCUGUGACAUUACUCAGACAAUGCAAAAGUACAUUGAUAAAGCAGAAAAUCCACGCAUCCAAGCACGAUGGUAUGUCCCGAUCGUCAAUGCUUAUUUGCAUAAUUCUGAACUAGUUCAUCAAGGAAAAAGAUUAAUCUCACAGUUGUUGCAGAAUGAUGAACUACUUUGUUUUCCAUUAUGGAGAACACUGAUGUAUUAUUAUAGUGAUACGCAUCUUGAUCUACGAAAUGCAAGACAAACAUUUGAAUCGUUUGUGGAUUGGCGUGAACGUAAUAAAAAUUACUUGUUUGGCUCAGAAAGCGAAAAUCAACCUAUCAAAUUGAAACUUCCCUUAAUUAAAUUCCCAUCUUCUCCACUUUAUGCCAAGGACACAGAAAUCAUAAACAUUUAUGCACAAAUAGCGAUCAGGUGUGGCGAUUUCACACUUGCCCGUCAAAUCCUAACCUCAUAUGUGGCACAUUACGAGCAUCAGCAGGCAAAAAAUAUCGAAUUUAUUGACGUUGAAACAUUGAAAGAGUUUGCAUAUUUGGCAUGGAGAAAACAACAAACUGAAGAAAUGAAUUGGUUAUUGGAAAAUGUGUUGGGGAAACAAAAUGAGAAUGAUUUGCUAUCAUUGGACGCGCACAAAAAAUUUGAAUAUGAUGAUUUAUUCCAAUGGAUGACUAAACAACUGACAGAUAAUAAUAAUAGAGAUUUCAAUGCAGAGAGCAGUAUUCAUCAGAGUAUAGCAAAGGAAUUUCAAGAUAAUCAUUAUGAAAAAACACAAAGAUUCUUUCAAAAUCCAGAUUUCUAUAACGACAAUAUGGCUCGGGAUUCUCCCUCAUCUUACUAG